AUGCAACUUCAGAAUGCUGCAUUGGUGGGACAAAACACCAUCGCUCUUCAGAACCUAGAAGCUGCAAGAGUAUCAGCUGAAGACACUCAGAAGUUCCUCAUGGAAAUGAUGGCUAAUGGAAGACCUUCUCCGGGUGCUUCUUCCUCUGUUACCGUUCCAGUUCAGGAGUGGAGUUUGGAGAGUUUUCUCCAACAUCAUCCCGCCAAGUUUAGUGGCAAGUGCAGUUCUGAUGAGGCCGAUCAUUGGUUCCAAGAUAUGGAGCGAAUCUAUGAAGCCAAAGGAUGUCCGGAUGAGAAGAAGCUGGCCUACACCCAGUACUUGCUGACAGGAGAAGCUGGACAUUGGUGGAACAGUGUGAAGACGAUCUUGGAGAGGAACGAGACUCCUAUCACUUGGGAGUUGUUCAGAACUAAAUUCUACACUGAAUACUUCCCAGAUAGUGUCAGGUAUGCUAAAGAGGUAGAGUUUCUUGAGUUGACUCAGGGCAACAGAUCAGUAUCGGAGUAUGCAGAUCGUUUUAAACACCUGCUUCGCUUCACCACCAUGUCAAUAAAUGAAGAAUGGCAUUGUCGCAAGUUUGAGAAUGGCUUGAGGAAGGAUAUAAAGUUACUGGUGAAAGGAUUGCGCAUCAGAGAAUUCUCCGCAUUGGUAGAGAUGGCCCGUGAUAUGGAAAAGACUAAGGGAGAACCAGAAGGACCUCAGAGACAACCAAGCCAACCACUUAGGGUUGGUGGACCUGUGAUACCCCGAGGAGACUCCAGUUCUAGAAGGACCCCUUUCUCUAGACCUUCUUCCUUCAGGUCCAGGAGUUCAUCCUCGCAGUCAUCGGGGCAAUCCAGGUUUGCCAGUUCCGUUAGAUGCUUCAAGUGUGGUGGACCACACCUCCAGAUGUCUUGCCCUCAGUUAGAAGGGUACAGGAGGUGUAAUAUCUGCAGGCAAGAGGGACACUAUGCCAGAGACUGUCCUACUACUAGGAGGGCAGGACCACAACCACGCCAGGCUGACAGAUCUAUUCAGAGGAGUGGACACAGACCUCAGGCAACCGGGAGAGUCUAUGCGUUGACUGGGGCUGAGGCAACCAGUGCAGGUAAUUUAAUUGUCAGCAGUUGUUUGUUAUUUGGAGCCUCGUGUGUGACGUUGUUUGACUCGGGAGCGACACAUUCUUUUGUGUCUAAGGCUUGUGUGGAGAGGCUUGGUUUAGUUGUCAGAGAGCUUCCGUGUGAUCUGGUGGUGUCUACACCAACAGCUGGGUUAGUUAGAACAUCUAAUGUGUGCUCUAGAUGUUCUAUCGAGGUAGAGGGGCGCAGGUUCAUAGUGAACCUUAUUUGCUUACCUCUGCAGGGGCUAGAGGUAAUUCUGGGAAUGGAUUGGUUAGCAGCCAAUCGUAUUCUUUUAGAUUGCGGUGGUAAGAAGUUAAUAUUUCCCAAAGAAGAUGAAGACUUGUCGUUAUCACUCGGCGCAUUGAAGCAAGACAUCUUCGAGGGUGCCAGUUGUUUCCUAAUCAUGUUUCAUGAGGAUGGGACUCCCAAUGUAAACUUUUCAGCUCUUGUGAACCAGAGUGUAGACCUUCUGGUUGUGAAUGACUUCAUGGAUGUUUUCCCUGAAGAAGUUCCUGGUUUACCUCCUCCGCGAGAAGUGGAGUUCUCUAUCGAUCUUGUCUCAGGAGCAGGACCAGUAUCCAUAGCCCCUUAUCGGAUGGCUCCAGCUGAGCUGGCUGAGUUAAAGAAGCAGAUUGAAGAGCUGUUAGAGAAACAAUUUAUCCGGCCGAGUGCUUCGCCGUGGGGUGCACCAGUGUUGCUAGUAAAGAAGAAGGAUGGUAGCUCAAGGUUGUGCGUUGACUAUCGACAGCUGAAUAAGUUGACGAUCAAGAACAAGUAUCCAUUGCCGAGGAUCGAUGAUCUGAUGGAUCAAUUGCACGGAGCUACGGUAUUCUCCAAGAUUGAUUUGAGGUCGGGUUACCAUCAAAUUUUAGUGAAAGCCGAUGAUGUGCAGAAGACGGCAUUCAGGUCCAGACCCUUCUUGGACAAGUUUGUGGUGGUGUUUGUAGAUUACAAAUUGGACGAACGCUAA